CUCGUUUUGAAAGGACAACAAACUUCUACGGCACACGACACAGCGGACAUUAUACGUCGCGUCAACAGGCUUCUGGACAUUACCUACAGCGACAGCACACCCGUCUACGCAGCAUCCAGCAUCCAACGCCCCUUUACCGCACGCAGCCCAGCCCAGUACCAUCCAUCCUGUCAAGAAGCCGACUUUGUUGAAUCGCGACAGCGAACCCAUCCGUCACCAUGGGGCUUAUAUCCGCCAAAACGAUUUUGACCUCCAUCUGCCUCUUCCACAUCACCCUCGCCUUCUUCUUCGUCACCAAUCCCGCCACCAUUGCCGACCAGGGCGUAGUCUGGCUAAUGGGAGAGGCCAUGGGCCUGCCUCACUCCCGCCACUUCGACACGCAAUCCCCCACCGCCGCCUUCCUCGGCAUCGUCCUCGGCCUCUGGGGUCUCACCGACCUCGUCUCGCUCUCCAUGCCCGAGGAGAUCGCCUUGAUCCACCACUGGGGCUCGCAAGUGCCCCUGCGCCUGACCUGUUCCUUCUUCUUGACGCUCUACAGCUUCUUCUUCUCGGCUUCGUCCCCGCUGUAUGACUCGGCCACCCCUUCGGGAGGAAAGUUCAGCCACCCGACGACGUCGUCUUCGUUCGAGAGCCAGUAUGCGGCCAAGGAAGUCGCGGGCGAUUGGGGCUGGGGAGGCGAUGCGCUCAAGAACCGCGUGUUUUUUACGUUCAUGUUUGUCGAGACGUUUAGUUGGUUUUGGGUGUACUUGACGUUGAAGGAGGAGCAGGUGGAUAUUUUGAAGAGGGCGGCGCAGAGGAGGGAGAAGGAGAGGGACAGGUUUUGAAAAAGAAGUUUGAGGGGGAAAAGAAGGGAAGGAAGAUGGACGUUACAUCCGUUGUACGGGGAUUAGAUUUACCAAUAGAGGGGGAGGCUUCUAGGAUAUCAAAAUAGCAUUUUUU